CAAGCACGAUGUUGAGGCGGCGAUGGCGCCUGGGCUCCUCCAGCAGAUGCUCUUCGUGACGUGAAGAUGAACUCGUCGCUUCUGGUGGUGGACGACAACUCGUCUUCAGUUAUCAUUAACAAUGCUCCAAACGAGCCCACUUACAAUAUCACAGAAGUAGUGCUCUUUGGAACUAUAGCGGCAAUACUAGCAAUCAUCACCGUCAUUGGUAAUAUAAUGGUAAUGAUAUCAUUCAAAAUCGAUAAGCAGCUUCAGACUAUAAGCAACUACUUUUUGUUUUCUCUGGCAGUAGCAGACUUCGCCAUAGGCCUUAUAUCUAUGCCUCUGUUUACCAUUUAUACCCUUCUGGGCUACUGGCCUCUGGGGCCACUAAUCUGCGACACGUGGUUGGCACUGGAUUACUUGGCGAGCAACGCAAGUGUUUUGAACUUGCUCAUCAUCAGCUUCGACCGGUAUUUUUCAGUGACAAGGCCGUUUUCCUAUAGAGCGAAACGAACAACGAGAAGAGCUGCUGUUAUGAUUGCAUCUGCCUGGGGCAUAAGUUUGCUGCUGUGGCCGCCUUGGAUCUACAGCUGGCCGUACAUCGAAGGUCAACGCACAGUCCCAAAGGACGAAUGUUACAUUCAAUUCAUCGAAACUAAUCACUACAUCACCUUCGGGACGGCGAUAGCUGCUUUCUAUGUUCCAGUCACCGUUAUGAUUGUUCUCUACUGGAGGAUAUGGAGAGAGACAGAGAAAAGACAGAAAGACCUUCCUAACCUUCAAGCGGGAAAGAAGGACAGCAGCAAAAGAAGCAAUUCGAGUGAUGAGCAGAAUAACGCCUGCUCGACGGUAGACCUCGAAGAAUGGAAGAGGCCACGGUCCGAAUCUACCGGAGCCGAUUCCGACUCUGUCUACAUGCACGGGAACCUCUGUGUGGACCCCCAGCGGAGAAAAAAGCCGGUAAUUCUCGUCUCGGAUCGACGACGUGGCUUGCUGUCGGGCAUCUGGCGCAUCCGCGAGUGGUGCGUGGCUUGGUGGCACUCCGGGAGGGAGGACAGUAGCGACACUGAGGAAGAGAGCCCUAGUGAACAGGGACAGGGGUGUAUCACCCCUGUUUCUCUGGACACACCGUUGCAAAGCUCCGUUUCGAGGUGCACGUCGCUCAACGUUAUCAGGGAUACUUACGUAGCAACUCAACGCGAUCAUACGUUUGUUCAGGCCAAUAUGACCCCAACUCGUUUAGCGCCAAGAGAUUCCAGGAGUUUACCAACCGGUAACCGUUUAACAGGCAGGUCAGUGUCGACUGACAGUGUCUACACAAUCCUUAUACGACUUCCUGGGGAAAACACAGACGGUGCCGUCAGCAACGAGGGACCUUCUAUCAAAAUGAUACCCGAAACAAAACGUACAAGAAAGAUGCCAGAUAUCCCUUAUAAUUAUAAUUCAUUGAAGGGAAACCAUAUAAACCGUCGACCUUCAGCUAUGCCUGAUAUCCGCAUUCCCCUUAAUGCGAAGAUCAUUCCCAAACAACUAGCCGGCAAAACCCCUCUUGUUAAUGCUACGAAAAAUCCAGGCAAGAAAAAGAAGAAAACGCAAGAAAAGAAAGCCGACAAAAAAGCCGCAAAAACUUUGUCGGCAAUAUUGUUGACUUUCAUCAUCACGUGGACACCAUACAACAUACUGGUAUUACUGAAACCUGUGACUAGCACCACAGGUCUUCCUCCACAGGUCUGGGACUUUUUCUACUUCUUGUGCUACAUUAACUCGACUAUUAAUCCAGUGUGUUAUGCAUUGUGUAACGCUAGCUUUAGAAGGACCUAUUUAAGAAUUCUGCAAUGCAAGUGGCAGAACAGAUAUCGGGCAGCAAUGAACAGGGGGUACUACAAUUAGCACAGACGUGGGGCGAACGUAGGAUUAGAUUUGCAGGUGCACUUUGAGAAAUAAAUAUUUUUAAGAUUUCAAAAAUGGGGGUUAUAUUUGUAGACGAAUAAGUAUCUAUAUAUACCUAAGUUAAUACUAACU